AUGUUCUCCGCAAGGUUCGAUGGCGGAGACAUAGAGCACAAAUUUCGCCGUGUUCACAAGAUCCUUCAGGAGCACAACUUCCCGGUGCUGAUGGUCGACGCCGGUGUUGGUGACAACUUCGGCAAACUAACAUCUAAGUAUUUGAGCAAGAUUGAGAGAGAAAAAGGUGUCUUGAUUUGUGUUUGCACAGCUCACUAUGCCGAGAAGACCACCUCACCCUUCUGCUCUUUUAAAGAGUUGGAGUUCGCCCGAGACUACAGUCUGGAUGUUCUCCCGCUGAAAGUGGCAGACGUCUACCCCCCACGACCGCCUGGCGGUCCAGAUCACCCGCACGACCAAGAGAACGACGCAGCCGACGUGAUCAAGUAUGUCUUCAGACCCAAUCUCGUCUACGUAGACACUUGGAUCUUGAACUUGUCAAGAAGAACUUAG